ACAGACGAGAAACAAGAUGGCGGCAGCAACAAUGAUGCCGUACUUCGGACAGCAGAUGUCUUCUAAAACCGAACUGGUCCCGGACUGGACCAGCCAGGAAGUCAGCACCGGGACCACCAUCAUGGCGGUGGAGUAUGAUGGAGGAGUGGUGAUCGGGGCCGACUCACGGACCACCACCGGAGCUUACAUCGCCAACAGAGUGACGGACAAACUGACUCCUAUCCACGACCGGAUCUUCUGCUGCAGGUCUGGAUCAGCUGCUGACACUCAGGCCAUCGCUGACGUGGUCACCUACCAGCUGGGCUUCCACAGCAUCGAGCUGGACGAGCCCCCAUUGGUGGAGACAGCCGCCAAUCUGUUCAGAGCGAGCUGCUACAGAUACAGAGAAGAGCUGACGGCUGGGAUCCUGGUGGCAGGCUGGGACCGCAGGAAG